AUGUCAUCCUCCGCCGUUCCCCUCCUCAAACCGCCCGUGCCGGGUAAUCGCAACAAGAACGCCAGCCCUGCCAACGGCAACAGUCCUCGCCCUCCCAAACUCACCUUGGGUAUCCCGCCGUCUCCCAAUGCUCGCCCCGUCACUGGAAAUGGCGUGCCGGCGCCCGCUCCCGCUCCCGUUCCUGCUGCUGCCGCCGCCGACGGCCCUCAGCUGCAGCGCCCGGCCGGCCGACCAGCGCCCCCUCAACUUCGCCUAGCGACCCCCAUGGGCAGCAGUCAGGAUGUCCCGCAAUCCAACGGCCGACCCAAGCCGCCGCCUCUAGCCACCAACGGCCUGAACGAACCGAACGGGCAUUCGCGAACGGGAAGCUUCACCUAUCUAGAUGGAAAAGCGAGCGGUCCGGCCUCGGCGUCGUCCUCCAAUUAUUCAGCCCUGUCAUUCGCCAUGGGGCUGCGUCAACCGCACGGAAGCACCCCCGACCCCUCUUCCGCCAUCAGUUCCGUCUACUCCGAUCGGGAGGGCGCCGUGCCCGUGGAGCGAGACAGCAGCGUCAACGGGUUGAUCCCGGAUCUGGAUAAGUUGAGCUUGGAGAAGGGCAGGCCCUUGGAUGUCGACGAUCUGGAUGACGAAGGCUGGUUGGCCGCAAGUGAAUCGAAGAAAAUCGAGGAACUGGGUAGCUUGGGUGAAGGUGCCGGUGGUGCGGUCACCCGAUGCAAACUGAAGGAGGGAAAGACGGUCUUCGCUCUCAAGAUCAUCACGACGGACCCCAACCCUGACGUGAAGAAGCAAAUUGUCCGAGAGCUUAAUUUUAAUAAAGACUGUGCAUCCGACCAUAUCUGUCGUUACUACGGCGCGUUCAUGGACAAGUCGACGGGGACCAUUUCGAUCGCAAUGGAAUUCUGCGAAGGAGGCAGUCUGGACAGUAUAUACAAGGAAGUGAAAAAGUUGGGUGGUCGAACCGGAGAGAAGGUGCUGGGCAAGGUGGCCGAAGGGGUACUGAACGGGUUGACGUAUCUCCACAGCCGAAAAAUCAUUCACCGAGACAUCAAGCCGUCAAACAUUCUUUUAUGCCGCGAUGGACAGGUAAAACUCUGUGAUUUCGGUGUCAGUGGAGAAUUCGGCACCAAGGGUGACGCGAACACGUUCAUCGGUACCUCCUACUACAUGGCCCCCGAGCGAAUUACCGGCCAAUCCUACACCAUCACGUCCGACGUGUGGUCUCUGGGAGUGACCUUGCUUGAAGUCGCCCAACAUCGCUUCCCGUUCCCUGCCGACGGCACUGAAAUGCAGCCUCGCGCGGGCCUUAUUGACCUCCUGACGUACAUCGUCCGCCAACCGAUUCCCAAGCUGAAGGAUGAACCCGAAAGUGGCAUUCGCUGGUCCGACAAGUUCAAAUACUUUAUUGAAUGCUGUCUCGAGAAAGAACCUCCACGAAGAGCCACUCCAUGGCGGAUGCUGGAACAUCCUUGGGUGCUGGACAUGAAGAACAAAAAAGUCAACAUGGCAAACUUCGUGAAGCAAGUGUGGGGCUGGAACGAGUAG